UCUGAUAGCGCCGCCGCGCUACGUCAUGACCACCACCACACUGGAGCGCACAGAGGGUCUCUCUGUCCUCAACCAGGCCAUGGCUGCCAUCAAAGAGAAGAUUGAGGAGAAGCGAGGAGUGUUUAACAUCCAGAUGGAGGCGAAGGUUGUGACCGACAUAGAUGAGACAGAGCUGGCCCGCCAGCUGGAGCAACUGGAGAGAGAGAACGCUGAGGUGGACGGAGAUGACGAGGAUGGAGAGAUGGAGGCCAAGGCAGAGGACUAAACUAGAUGAAGAACUGAGGGAUUGGAUACGACGACGAGACCAAUUAUACAUAUGCAGUCCAGAGCAUGUAUUCAUAAAGCAUCUCAGAGUAGGAGUGCUGGUCUAGGAUCAGCCCACCCCCCCAUAUGUAAUCUUAUGCAUAAUGAUCUAAAAGGCUAAACUUAUCCUAGAUCAGAACUCCUAUUUUGAGAUAUUUCAUGAAUACAGGCCUUGUCUGAUGAGAUGACGAACUUCAUAUCAAAUCAAGCAUUCUAGAACGUCUCUCCAACUGAACCCUUUGGAUCAGUAGCAGGGACCCUCUCAGGGAGACUGAUAGAGAGAUGGCUACAGGCACUGACUGUCAUACUGCCAAACAGGGCUGGGAAAGGCCUCUGUGAUUAUACCAAUGGACACAAUAACAACUGAAUAUGAUCACUGAACCCUAGCUGUUUGAAUUGCAUAAGAACGGGUGGGUUGGGGUAGGAUUAGCCUUUUUGUGCUGUAGCCAACUCCUCUCUGUGUGGAAGAGUUGGCUACAGCACAUAUAAUACAAAAUGGGACAAGGCUUGGGUUGGUGGGGUGGUAGCCUGGUCCCGUGCUGAAUGUUCUUUAACCAACUC